UCCCCCCGUCUGCUUUCUGCGUAACGUUAAGAGCUCCUCUACAGGGGACGCGUCUCGCAACCGGCGGCGUGCGCCCUCUUCCACAAAGCCCAUCGCCUGCAGCCGCAACAGGUCCUAUAUUUUGGGAAGAAGAAGAGACUUAAAAACCAGAAAACAUCAAAAACGCCAAUUCUCCAAAAUGUCAUAUAGACAAGGUUUAGAGAAAUACCGAGAUCUAGAUGAAGAUCAGAUCCUUGGAGCACUGACAGAAGACGAAAUUAAGAUGCUAGAAGAUGAGCUACUGGAACUCGAUCCAGAUAAUGCAAUAUUACCUGCAGGAAUGAGACAGAAAGAUCAGACCAAGAAAACACCCACAGGCCCUUUUAAUAGAGAUGUUCUUCUGGCACAUUUGGAGAAGCAGGCAAAUGACACUAAAGACCGAGAUGAUCUGAUUCCCUUCACAGGAGAGAAAAGAGGAAAAAUCUGGGUCCCCAAGCAGAAAGCUAUUGAUCCAGUUUUGGAAAGUGUAACUCUGGAACCAGAACUGGAGGAAGCCCUGGCAAACGCUUCCGAUGCUGAACUCUGCGACAUUGCUGCUAUUCUUGGCAUGCAUACGUUGAUGAGUAACCAACAAUAUUAUGAAGCACGAGGGAGUACAACUAUAGUCAACAAAGAAGGAUUGGACAGUAUAAUUAAGCCCACCCAGUAUAAACCAGUUCCUGAUGAGCCAAAUUCAACCAAUGUAGAAGAAACUUUGGAACGAGUAAAAAACAAUGAUCCAGAACUUCAGGAAAUUAAUCUCAAUAAUAUUAAGGAUAUCCCUGUACCUAUUUUGAAAGCCUAUGCUGAAGCUCUGAAGACUAACACCUAUGUGAAAAAGUUCAGCAUAGUAGGAACAAGAAGUAAUGACCCUGUUGCUUUUGCGUUGGCAGAAAUGAUAAAAGAAAACUGCGUAUUGAAGAGUUUAAAUGUGGAAUCAAAUUUUAUUACUGGAUCUGGAAUCCUGGCCCUGAUAAAAGCACUGCAGAACAACACAACACUAAUUGAACUCAAAAUUGAUAACCAGUGCCAGCUUUUGGGCAACAAGGUAGAAAUGGAGAUCGCCAGUAUGUUAGAAAAAAAUACCUCUCUCUUGAGGUUUGGUUAUAACUUCACUCAACAGGGACCCAGACUUCGGGCAUCCAAUGCUAUGAUGAACAACAAUGACCUAGCUUGUAUACAUCGAAGUGACGGUGCCUGACAUAACACCUCAGCCCUGGAACUGGAAGAUUGAGAAAAAGACGACUUGCAGACCUGACUGGACCUAUCCUUCCCAAGUGUCGAACCGGCGUGUAGUUUUGGUUGUGGAGAUGUGUCCGUAAGCUUGCACUGGUUUAUGAUGGCUUACGGAAGCAAGGCAACUGUGCGAUGAUUUUAUGCAGCUUGUUUUUCGUACGACACCCUUGCACAUGAAAAUUUUAAAUUAAAUAAUUAUUAUGGGCAAAGGUCUUCAUUAUCAAUUUAUAGAAUAUAACAUUUUUAUUUUUAAACAGUAAUCCAAAGUUUUAGCCUGUCAACCAAUCUUGAAUUCUGGUGAAAGAUAUCAUGGCUCGGGAACAGCUUGAAAUUAUAGUUAGAUCACAGCCUAGUUUUUGUAUGAAUGUGUGUGUGUGCGUGCUCUGAUAUGCAUGAGUAGUUAGUAACAAUAAAAAUAUGCAAUACUACUCUGUAAAUGUAGCAGAAAUGUUAAAAAAAUACUUUAUUUUCAUUUUGAAAGAAUUAGAAAGAUUCUGCUAAUCUGACAUUUUUAUCAUCCCAAUAUACAUAAUCACUUUAAAGACUUGAGAAUUGCUAUCAGCCAGCAACAUCCAGAACCCUAAAUUGCAACUGAGCAUUAGAAUCAUCUAUUAUACUUAAAGCAGCUCACAGCCCUCCAGCACAAAAAUAUGUAAGGCCACUGUUUCCCUAAGCCAGGCUUUCUCAACCUUGGCAAUUUUAAGAUGCUGGCUGGGGAAUUCUGGGAGUUGAAAUCCACCAGUCUGAAAGCUGCCAAGGUUGAGAAACACUGUCCCAAGCAAUAGUCACAAGAAAGGCAGCUGCUGAAUGGGAUGUUGGUUAUUUCUAAUUUUCCUGAAGAAGUGAAGUUAAAAUAAUAGAUUAAAUCUGAUAAAUCACACAA